UAAAGCUGCUUCUGCUGCUUCCUUUCUUCUUCUCUCUUAUUCCUCUUCCGGCGACAUAUUUUCCGUGAAAAUGUCCCCGGUGGCCGGAGCACGCGUCCCACUCUUGCCAGCUACUAAGCUGGUGGCGGAGGUGCCUCCGGCGACGGUAUCCGGUGCCGUGUUCAACGUGGCGACGAGCGUAAUUGGCGCGGGAAUUAUGUCAGUUCCGGCGACGAUGAAGGUGCUGGGAGUAGUUCCGGCGUUCUUGAUGAUAUUUGUAACGGCGAUUCUGGCGGAGAUAUCGGUGGAGUUUCUGAUGAGGUUCACGCAUUCCGGGGAAACGACGACGUAUGCCGGCGUGAUGAGAGAGGCGUUUGGUUCGUUAGGAGCAGUUGCUGCACAAGUUGGUGUUAUAAUCACUAACCUUGGAUGCUUAAUUAUGUACUUAAUUAUUAUCGGUGAUGUUGUUUCUGGGAAGCAAGGAGAAGGAGAAGUACACUUGGGAAUCUUGCAGCAAUGGUUUGGAAUUCAAUGGUGGAAUUCUCGUGAAUUUGCACUCCUUAUUGUCUUGGUUUUUGUUAUGCUUCCCUUGGUCAUGUUCCGUCGCGUAGAGUCGUUGAAAUUCAGCUCUGCAAUAUCAACGUUUCUUGCUGUGGCAUUUGUUGGAAUAUGUUCGGUUAUGGCUAUUAUUGCUAUUGUGCAAGGACACACACAAACGCCUAGAUUUUUUCCUCAAUUGGAUCAAAAUACUUCUUUCUUUGAUCUCUUCACAGCUGUUCCUGUCAUUGUCACAGCCUACACUUUCCAUUUCAAUGUACAUCCAAUUGGUUUUGAGCUUGAGAAGCCAUCAGACAUGACGAACGCGGUUAGAAUAGCAUUGUUGCUGUGUGCCGGAAUAUACUUUGCAAUAGGGCUAUUUGGGUACCUGUUGUUUGGUGAUUCAAUAGAAUCAGACAUUCUCAUAAACUUUGAUCAGAAUGCUAGUGGUUCUGCUGUUGGUUCAUUGCUUAACACAUUGGUCCGUUUGAGCUAUGCUUUCCAUGUGAUGUUGGUGUUCCCUUUGCUCAACUUCUCAUUGAGAGCCAACAUUGAUGAGUUCCUCUUCCCCAAGAAGCCUCUUCUUUCCACAGACAACAAGAGAUUUCUUACCAUUACUCUCGCAUUGUUGGUGUCUAGCUAUGUUUUUGCUAUAGCACUUCCAGAUAUUUGGUACUUCUUUCAAUUUCUUGGAUCAACUUCUGCUGUCUGCCUUGCCUUCAUCUUCCCUGCUUCAAUUGUUUUAAGAGAUGCUCCUGGUAUAGCAACAAAGAGGGACAAAAUGAUAGCACUAAUUAUGGUUAUAGUAGCUGCAGUAACAAGUGUGAUUGCCAUCUCCACCAACAUAUGCAAUUAUUUCAGUAGCAGUAGCUCAUGAAUAAUGUAAUUUUUUCCCUCAUUUGUAAAAAUUAAUUUUGAUUAGAAAAGAGGUUGAGGUGGUGAGAGAAUUAUAUUCUAGAAUUGAGGUGCUUGUGCUUCUUGAGUUUGUUCUUGGAUGGCAUUUUUAUUUGGUUGUACAAAUUUCAUAUAGAGCCAUCUAUAAUAUAUAAUGAAAGAAUGUAAAUUAUCAAGGAGACUAAUAUAAUAUGAGAGAUGGAAGGUUCCAGUUGUUGUA